UACCAUAUUGUUGUGUAUAAUAUAACAAUGGGUUCAAGGAAGUUGUAUUGUGUGAUGUUACUUGUGGUGUUAUUGGUGUUAUUAUGUGUGUGUACUAAUUGUGAGAAAAGUAGUCAUGAUGAGGAAGUAGCAGUUGAUGAGAAGCAAAGUAAAGAAAAAGAGAAUUUAGAGUCAUCAUCAUCAUCAUGGACAGGAUGGGCUAAAGAUAAGAUUAGUGAAGGAUUAGGUUUUAAAUCUAGUGGUAAUGAUGAUGAUAAUGAUGAAGAUAUUACAACAAUGGAUGCUGCUAAGAAUGCUAAAGAAAAGAUUACUGAAACUGCUACAGGUACUGGACAAUAUGUAGCAGACAAGGCAGGAGAUCUAAAGAACACAGCAGAACAAGCCAAACACAAAGCAUACGAAACCGCAGAAGCAGCAAAACAAAAAGCAUCAGAGAAAGCAGGAGAAGAGAAAGAGGCGGCCUAUUCAGAUGCCGAAAAGGCGAAACACACAGCCUCGGAAAAAGCCGGAGAAGCAAAAGAGACUGCCGCGGAUAAAGCAGAAUACGCGAAGGAGAGAAUAAAGGAGAUGGGAGAGAAGGCGGAGGCGGAGACGGAGGAACAUGUAAACUGGGCAAAAGAGAAGGCGAAAGAAGGAUACGAAAGCGCAAAGAACAAAGCAGGAGAGACAUUGGAGAAAGCUAAAGAAAGUGUAGCUUCAAAUUUGGAGUCAGCUAAGGAAACUGCUAAAGAGAAAACUAAGGAGAUCAAGGAGAAUAUAGCUGGGAAAAAAAGAGAUGAGGAGCUGUAGAAAGUUUUUCUUUUUGUUAUUGGAGUUUACAUGUAUGUUUGUAUUUUGCAUUAUCAUAGUUUAUAUGUUGUAAUAGAAAGCUGAUGUUUUUGUUUUUCUUCUUUUGGUUUUGCUACCAUCUCGUGUGUUGGUGUCUGGACAGUGGUGUUGGUGCUGGAUGUUGUAAAAAAUGUGUUACUAGAAGCCAUCACUUGCUACUUUUGGCAAAUCA